AUGUUCCGCCCCACCGCAACUUGGAAGUCAACUACGCCGUCACCCUCUACUUUAAUGCUCUGCUUAGCUCAGCCCGGAGACUUCCCCAAGGAUCCAUCGCGAGGAGAUGGAGCACGGUAGUAAGAACCGAGGACCCU